GUAGAGAGAGAAAGUUCUACCAGAGAGGUGAAGAAAGAAGAGAGAGAAAGAAGAGAGAGAGAGAGAGAGAAUGGCCGAUCCAACGGCCUGAGCUCUCCCUUGUUAACGUCUGGUUGGAGGUAAAAAGGACAUUUUCUUUUCUCUUUCUCAAAUUUUCUCGGGAAAAAGAAACAGAAAGAAAGAAAGAAAAAAAAAAACCAGGAAGGAAAAGGCCACCAUUGUUUUUGAGCUUGCAUCACCAUCGUUUUUCUCACCCAUCUCGAGCCUUCUCUCUCUAAAACAGAACAAUGGUGGUGUUUGCAGGCUAAAAGGGAUAACUUUUCUUCCCCAUUUCGUCUCAUACUUUGUUUCCCCAUUUCGUCUCAUACUUUGUUAUCACAUUCAGAUCUCUCUGUAAGAGCACAUAUAUAUAUAUAUAGAGAGAGAGAAGAUUGAAUCUUGACAAUUCGGGGAAAAAUGCAGCACAAUAUUUUGACAACGAUGAGGAGUUUGAAAAUGAUGGAAGGAUGUAAGGGCACGCAAGUCUUCGCCCUUGAUCCAUCCGGCACCGCCGCCGCCGGCGGUGGUGUUGGAAGUGUGGGAGAGAAGUUCUUGCACCACCUCCAAGAACAUCUCAAAGUCAAUUCGAUUAGGGCAAAAUCGACUCGGAAUUUCCAAUCCAACAAUGUCCAAAUCAACAACACCACUGUUUUAGCUGAAGCCCUUGCUGCCUAUGGCCUUCCUCAAUCCGAUUUGCUCGAACCCCAAAUCGAACCCUGUCUCAAAUCGGUAAAUUUUGUCGAAACCCUAGCCGAUUUGUAUCUGAGAAUCGAGAAUUGUCCCCAAUUUGAGAAAUCAGGGCUGUAUCUCGAGCAAUGUGCCACAUUUAGGGGUCUAUCUGAUCCAAAAUUGUUCCGUAGGAGCCUCCAGUCCGCGCGGCUACACGCGGUUAAUGUCCAUUCUAAGAUUGUUCUUUCAGCUUGGCUGAGGUUUGAGAGAAGAGAGGAUGAGCUAAUUGGGACAUCAUCAAUGGACUGUUGUGGACGGAAUAUCGAAUGCCCUAAAGCUAGUUUGGUAUCUGGGUAUAGUCCAGAAUCAGUCUAUGAUCCCUGUACAUGCUUUCGGAGUCCUAGAGAGGAUACUAAAGAGGAUAGUGAUGCUGAAUUUUCAAUGGGAGAUGAUGAAUGUUCAACAUCUGAGGAAGAUGGUGAUAUAUCAUUUUGUAUUGGUGAUGAUGAAGUUAGGUGUAUUAGAUAUAACAUUGCAUUGCUUUCUAGACCAUUCAAAGCAAUGUUGUACAGUGGGUUUUUGGAAUCGCGGAGGGAAAAGAUUAAUUUUUCACAAAUUGGGAUUUCUAUAGAGGGGAUGAGAGCUGCUGAGAUAUUUAGCAGGACAAGAAGUGUCGAUUCUUUUAACCCAGAUGUUGUUUUGGAGAUUCUCUCUUUGGCAAACAAGUUUUGUUGUGAUGAUAUGAAGUCUGCUUGUGAUGCAUAUCUAGCAUCUUUGGUUUAUGACAUGGAGAGAGCAAUGUUGCUCAUUGAUUACGGAUUGGAUGAGACUGCACCUCUUCUGGUGGCUGCUUGCUUGCAAGUAUUUAUGAGAGAGUUACCAAGUUCAAUUCACAAUCCAAGUGUAAUGAGAUUCUUUUGUAUAAAUACUAGGGACAGAUUGGAUCUUGCUGGGCAUGCUUCAUUUUUAUUGUACUACUUUUUAAGCCAAAUCGCUAUGGAAGUUGAUAUGAAAGCGAACACGACAGUGAUGCUAUUGGAGAGGUUAGGAGAGUGUGCAAAUGAACAUUGGCAGAAACAAAUUGCAUUUCACCAAUUGGGUUGUGUGAUGCUUGAGAGGAAGGAGUAUAAAGAUGCCCAAAAGUGGUUUGAAGCAGCAGUUGAGGCUGGCCAUGUUUAUUCAUUAGUGGGUGUUGCAAGGACCAAGUACAAGCGUGGUCACAUGUAUUCUGCUUACAAGAUGAUGAACUCGCUUAUUUCUGAUUAUUCACCAGCUGGGUGGAUGUAUCAGGAGCGAUCUCUUUAUUGUAAUGGGGAAGAGAAGAUGAUGGACUUAGAUACAGCAACGGAAUUGGACCCUACUCUUUCUUAUCGGUACAAGUACAGAGCUGUCAUGAUGAUGGAAGAAAAUAAGAUUGCGGAAGCCAUCUCAGAGAUCAACAGAAUAAUAGGUUUCAAGGUCUCUCCUGACUGCCUUGAACUACGUGCUUGGUUUUCAAUUUCCAUGGAGGAUUAUGAAGGAGCUCUAAGAGAUGUGCGGGCCAUUUUGACUUUGGACCCCAAUUACAUGAUGUUCCAUGGGAAGUUGCAUGGUGAUCACUUGGUAGAGCUCCUCCGUCACCAUGUUCAGCAGUGGAGUCAGGCUGAUUGCUGGAUGCAGCUGUAUGAUCGAUGGUCCUGUGUUGAUGAUAUUGGCUCUCUAGCUGUUGUACACCACAUGUUAGCAAAUGAUCCUGGGAAGAGCCUCUUACGGUUCCGUCAGUCUCUCCUCCUGUUACGGUUAAACUGUCAAAAGGCUGCAAUGCAUAGUCUGCGGUUGGCUCGAAAUCAUUCUACCUCUGAGCAUGAAAGGCUCGUCUAUGAAGGAUGGAUUUUAUAUGACACAGGCCAUCGUGAAGAAGCAUUAGCCAAAGCUGAAGAGUCCAUUUCUAUCCAGAGAUCAUUUGAAGCUUUUUUCCUUAAAGCAUAUGCUUUAGCCGAUUCAAAUCUUGAUAAUGAGUCUUCAUUGUACGUUAUCGAACUUCUGGAAGAAGCUCUUAGAUGCCCUUCAGAUGGCCUUCGAAAAGGACAAGCAUUAAAUAAUUUAGGGAGUGUAUAUGUGGACUGUGACAAGCUGGAUCUUGCUGCUGACUGCUAUAUGAAUGCCCUUAAUAUCAAGCAUACAAGAGCACAUCAAGGGCUGGCACGUGUAUAUCAUCUAAAAAAUCAACGCAAAGCUGCAUACGAUGAGAUGACCAAGUUGAUAGAGAAGGCCCAGAACAAUGCAUCAGCUUAUGAGAAACGUUCAGAGUACUGUGACCGUGACAUGGCAAAGAGUGAUCUUAGUAUGGCAACACAACUAGAUCCCUUGAGGACAUACCCAUAUAGGUACAGGGCAGCAGUUCUAAUGGAUGACCAUAAAGAAGCUGAAGCCAUAGCAGAGCUCUCAAAGGCCAUAACUUUCAAGACAGAUCUACAGCUGUUCCAUCUUCGGGCAGCAUUCCAUGACUCUAUAGGUGACUAUGCUUCCACAAUCCAAGAUUGUGAGGCAGCGCUCUGUCUCGAUCUGAACCAUUCAGAUACACUCGAGCUUUAUCAUAGAGCACGGGAGAGGGCUAAUGAACAACUGCAGAAGUAGGGAGAUAGUGCAUAUCUGUGUAGCUCUUCCACAAAUCCUCAUUUGGACAACUCGAAAGUUGCCGCCCAAUUGUUUUGUAGUGGAGACAAGGCCAGUGAUAGUCAGCAUGAUUUAUUUUCUGGAUUUCGUCUAUGUUAAGACUCAGAUCAAGAUUGUUCAUAGCUUCUGAGAAAGGAGAAACUAGGGAAAAGAGAAUCGAUGUUAAAGAAAAAACAAGAAAGACACAGCAAUCUUGCUUAUAUAUACAUUUCACUAAGUGGUUGCAGAAUUGAGUCAUUUGAUGAAAUUUACUAGGCAAAAUGCUCCUGAUUCGUGUAGCUGUUAGAUUACUCCAUUACAGAUAGGGAUGGUGCUAUAAAGUAGUAAAAUGAAACAUCUAAAUGUAGUUGGCAGCUUGUGAUGAAAGAGUCUGUUGACUGAGAGGUUUACCUUGUACUGCGACUUUUUAAAUGUUUGUUUACUUUGUAUUUGUAACAUGUACAAUUUUCCCUCAUAAAAGAUAGAAACAAUUUUUCCUCUC